AUGGUUUCUGCCAAGAAGGAGAUGGUGACUGCGAAGUACCCCAGUUACAUUUCGACUCUCUUCUACCUUUUCUGCAUGACUGCUUGGUGAGUUUCUAAAAUACAUGAACUGGGGGGGGGGGGGGAUUUUCUCCUGUUAGAAUUGCUUUUCUCCUGUUAGAUUGGCGCGAGCUGCGCUGGUGCCGCUGUCCAUGGUCCUGAAGAUUCUAGGUGCUGAAAUCCGAAAGUGCUCUAACUGUGUCAUAUGGUUGUGACUCCCAAUUUUGUCAUCCUUAGCCUGGGUAUCCGGGAGGCUGCUGUCUUUCACGAUAUAAAACUAUUUUGAUUAUUUGUGUCGUUUUUCAGUGUAAAGAGAAUCUCUGGAAUGAUAAAAAAGGAUGAGAGAAUAUAUCCCGAGAAUUUCACACGCAUUUUAGACCGACUCCUGGACGGGUAUGACAACAGACUGCGACCUGGAUUUGGGGGUAGGUACCUACCUGAAGCAGUAACAGUUUUCGGCUGUCCAAUUAGUUUUUAAUUCUACAGUGGCUCAAAGAGAUGGGCAAAACAUGAUUAUCACUAUUGUGCCAAUGCUAUUGAAUAGUUUGAUAGGGUAUGAGGUUGAGAUCAAAAUUGCAUUGUAUUUUUCAAUAAGAGCUUUUCAAUACUGUUUCAAGUGAAACGUGUUGCUCCACUGAGCUACGACCACUACCUCCCACAGAUGUGAAACGACAUUCCGUGUUUCAAAAGCUGGUUGUCAUGAAUUGAAUUAACACUUUCUUAUAUUCACUGCUUUGACUCUUGUGUGCGACUGAUAACGGUAUGCUACCUUUAAAUAUUUAAGCGUGUUUAGUUAUGUAAUCGCUGUGGGAAAAGGCGCUUAGUGCACAAUUUAAGUAGAAAGAGUGCAGAUGUUCUUUUCGCGUCUGUCAAAUCCUCCACGAGCUUAAAGUGUCAGACACACGUUUAAAGACUAUGCAUUUAACGAGAAGUAACCUCGUUUUCGUUCAUUAGGCCUACAGCAAUGACAUUUGACAUGCAUGUCGGUGUGCUUGAAAAUACCUUAGGCUACGCUCUUCAACUCAACCCUAAAAAACAUUCCACCUCACGGCACGUAAACUUCAGAACUCACCCUUCAAGUGUGCAUUGUAUAGAUUAGCUACUGAUCGGCUUCCUCCAAUAGAUUUAUGUUUUAAACCUCUUUAGCUAUUUUGCAUUCCAUUAUAUACAUGCUUAGAAGCUGGUGCAGGUUAUUUGGUAGGCAUAAGCUAUAGGCUAUUGCAUACAGGGCAUUGGCGGCUAUUUGGGUUAGUCGUUUUGGCACACAUCCCCACAGCACUAUCAACCCAACCUUUUGGCCCAUGUUAGGCUGUUGCUGAGGUUUCAUGUUUAACAUAUUAUUCCAGGCCUACAGGUGAAAAUGACGGUUAAAAUGAGGGUUGAUGCUUAAAGGGUGGCCUAACAAACCAGAACUAGUCUAAGGUCUCUUGGGGCUGUAAUGGGAUAUGCCUAGGAUAUUCUAGGGAUUGUGAAGCUGAUUGAAUUGUUCUCUCAAUAGGUCCAGUGACAGAGGUGAAAACAGACAUUUAUGUGACAAGUUUCGGGCCUGUCUCUGAUGUUGAGAUGGUAUGUACCGAAUCAAGAACUUGAAACAGAUGAGUAGCAUAAAAUAAGUUUGACUGAUGUUCACCAUGCACUUAACGUUUUAUAUAAGAAUGAAGUCCCAACCAUAACUGUUUAUUUCUGACAUUUGCCCAUUUUUGUCUUUUGCUUCCUCAGGAGUACACCAUGGACGUGUUCUUCAGACAGACAUGGAUGGACAGGAGGCUGAGGUACGAGGGGCCUAUGGAGAUCCUCCGCCUCAACAACAUGAUGGUCUCCAAUGUGUGGACUCCAGACACCUUCUUCAGGAAUGGCAAGAAGUCUGUGGCCCACAACAUGACCGCCCCCAACAGGCUGUUCCGCAUCAUGAAGAACGGCACCAUUCUUUACACCAUGAGGUACUACAUUUACCAAAAUGCUUUACACCCUGAUGCCUACAUUACCCAGCAUCCCAGUGUUACCAUGCUAAGUGCUAUUCAGCCUACCUACAGUAUCCAUCCUAAAAGUAGGGCUCCACUGUAUACAUUUUUGUGUUCUGUUUGGAGGGUCCCAACUCUCUCCAACUCCCAUUGGUUUUAAUAUGUUUGGGUGUAUGUGUCCCCAUAGGUUGACUAUCAGUGCAGAGUGUCCUAUGAAGCUGGUUGACUUCCCCAUGGAUGGACAUGCAUGCCCUCUCAAGUUUGGAAGCUGUAAGUAUGAUAUGACACUGUAAGUCUAUUCUAAUAAUGUAUCAGGAGUGACUUGAUAAAGUGGUUCUUCGUCCUUGUCAUGAGACUGUAUUAAAUAGGAUGACAUGCAUACUUCGGAACGCUGUGUAUGUAUUGACAUACACCCCAAAGCAAAUCCAAUUGUACUGUUUCUUAGUAGAUAUUCAACCUGACACUGUUUACGUGCUUACAUGCUUUCACAGUAAACUAAUUUGUUCUUUGUCUUAAUUCAUUUAGUAUGCAAUGUUUUUAAAAAACAUAUUUGUACUUCGAUGCACUAAAUCUGUCCCAGUUCGUCACAUAAAUAAAGUUGACUAGUUUGAUUUGAAAAUAUAUACCAUUAUAUUGUAAUACUAUUACCAUAUGAAGUGUCAAACUCGUAGCUUGUGGUAUUCCUCCAGUUUUGUCAUAUCUGAGGAUGCCAUACAUAUUCCCAGAGUGAGAAGUAAUUGCUUUUUCUGACUAAAAUGCUAAUAAUACAUUACAUUCCUUUUGUACCAAAAACAGAACAAAGAAACCCAAAAUCAGCAGUAUUGUUCAUAAUGAGUGGUCAGCAAAAGUGACUUAUCUCCGAUGAAAGGAUCUCUCCAAUGAGCGUUCUGUCUUGUCAGAAAACAGUAGUGAUUUAAAGAUAACAUCUGCUGAGGGAAAAACAAAAGAAGUGGAAUGAAGGAUGGGUUUCCCUGCAUUUCCCAACCCUCCCUCAAUCUAUUAUCAGCAAUUGUGACAUUGUAGAGGUAGAGGACAAAAUAGAUUCCUCAGUUAUCAUUCUGUCACAUUACUCUUAGUUUAAGAUAGUACCUUCCACCCAUCUCAUCCUCCCAUCCUGGCCCGAGUCAGGGAAGUAGAUGUUGGACCCGAUGGGGAAAGGUCAGAAAAUCUCUCCCUGCCCCUGGUUAGCUCAGACCUAUUCCGGUUCUCUCCAGAGCUGGUGUGUGUCGGAGUGCCGCGCAGCGUUCUGCUCCACAACAUGCCCCAGCCGGCCCAUUUUCCCGGCGCAGUUGGUGUCCUGCCGACUUCGAGUCCCCUGUGGGAAACUGCAAAUGGGAACAACGUAAGGGGGCAUGUGUAGCUGGAGACAGACCCUGACAUAAACCCAAGUCUAGGUUGUCGUUUUUCUUUCAGCCCUGUCUUAUAGGAACUCUCAUCUCACAUUGAAAUGUUUUUGCAACAUCUUUGCAACGUUGAAUAUGCAAAAACGUUGACAUGUACCAGAGAGCUCGUGAGACCGGGUAGUUUGUUUAAAAGCCGACUCAUUUGAGCACACAGUAGACACCCACGCCAUCCAAUACGAUGCUAUCGUACUACUCAUUUUCAAUCAAAUUAUGAGGAAAAGGUAUCUGAAAAUCCAGAGAGUGCACCAUUUGAAGUGCAGAUCAAGUGUGGAAAUCAUGUGUGACUGGACUGCACACCAUCACAUCAAUAUGUCUCUUUCAAAUGUGUCGUAAUCACCUGACUAAAUGGGGGAGAUAGAAACGUUUCUCAUGUUCACAAAGCUUAGAGUUAUGAAGAGGAUAUUACUGGCUUACAGUAGUCAUUCUCUCAUGAACUUAAAUGUGACAUUCUCUCUAUCCUAAGUCUCUCUCUCUCUCUCUCUCUCUCACCUCCAUUGUACAAUAUUUAUUUUUGAGCUACAAUUUAGAAUGUGCCUCAACCCCCCACUUGAGGGUUUAAUCCAUAUAUUUUCCUUCUCCACCCUCAGAUGCAUACCCUAAAACAGAGAUGAUCUAUACCUGGACCAAAGGACCACAGAAUUCAGUGGAGGUUCCCCAAGAAUCCUCCAGCCUAGUGCAGUACGAUCUCAUUGGCCACACUGUCAGCAGUGAGGAGGUCAAAUCAAUCACAGGUAUGAUGGGUUGUUGAAAAGCAACCGCUGGUUAGAUAUAGUAGACAUCCCCAACUCUGAUGGUGAUGCCAUUCUUUGUUAAUAAUCAUUUACAUUUCUUCUUCAGUUCUUACUUCAGUUUGGAAUGUUUUCUCUACAGUAGCUUUGUCCAAAUAACUGUUUGAUGCCAUUUACCUCAGAGAACAGAGAAGACACAAUAAAAACUCCAUGCUACCAGAAGUCCAUAAUGUCCUGUCCUCUUGCUCAUUGUCUCAUGUCAGUCAUGAAUUAAUCAACUGUGAUAUCUAUGGCUAUCCGCCAGGUGAAUAUGUGGUGAUGACAGUGCACUUCCACUUGAAGCGGAAAAUGGGCUACUUCAUGAUUCAGACGUAUAUCCCCUGCAUCAUGACAGUAAUCCUCUCCCAAGUGUCCUUCUGGAUAAAUAAGGAAUCGGUCCCGGCUCGAACAGUCUUUGGUACGUAUUACUCACAAAUCCCGCCAUUCUGUAGAAUACUUCUGUUGAGAGGCAGAGAAGAUGCAAAUGUGGAGAGUGAAGUGCCUCUUCUGUUUGUCUCUCAGUCUCCAUUUUAGUGACUGUGCAGCUGGAGCAAUCAACUUUGUCUUUAGCCUCUUAGACAACCAUUAAGGUCUACGAUUAAUUAAAUGUGUUAUCUAUUAUUGUUAUCAGUGGCGAUUUUAGCAUGUAAAUCUUGGUGCGGCAAACAAAAAAAACUAUUUUUUAUAUGCAUGCCAGCAAACCCACUACACAACACAACACUAAACAAUACAUCAAUUCCACUAUAACAGUGACAAAAGGUGCCCACACACUGUUAGGGCCUACAUAAAGCUGCCCCAACAGCAGAGUCCCAACACCUUACCACUGCUACACCUGGCUAUCAGUGGAGCCUUGUCUAGCAGCGAAACAGUUCAUUCAGCCUCAUUUACUGCCUUUAAAAAAAACAUAGCUGAUAUGGCUGACUUGCUUAAACAAAUGUUGUUUCUACUGACAAUUGAGAUGUACAAACUAUGGCAUAAGGGGACGACAAGCGGAUAAGAGGCAAUCUGUAAUUUCGAUUAAGACAUUAAUGAGCGAGCUAGGACGGAUGUAGUCAACAUAACUAUUUGUUCAGCACUUUUGAAAUGUACAGUGACAGAAUUCAGAACAUGGGCCAUUCUUACAGUAUUCUCCCUGGACACCAAGUCAGAACCAUAUAAUAAAGAAAGGGGGCAUAUAAGCAGACAAUGAAAGCUCUUACAGUAUUCAAUGAUUAUAUUUCUCUAAAACAGGCUAUAGGCUACAUGUGCACCACCAAGUCAGAACAGUAGGCGAAAUUAGGAGGGGAAACGGGACCAAAUUAUUAGGGUGAGGCACAUGGGCUACUAACAGCUUACUACACAACAUACACUUAGUAUUACUUUCUUAGCUACAGUAUACAUAUCUCCCUGGCAUAUUACAUCAUUUAUGCAGCAGCAUACAAUACAUAUUUGGACUCACCUUGUUGUGUUGUGCUCACUUGAACAGGAAGGUGGCGCAGCGGUCCUUCGUGGGCAAAUUUAGUCAUCAAACUUUGUCAUCAAAGUCUGUCUUCUCUGGAUUUAUGGUGCUUUCAAGACAACUGGGAACUCGGGAAAAAAACAAGGUUGAAUCGUGAUGAAGUCAAUGAUCUUCAGGUCGGAGCUCUAGAAAGAGGCCCGAGUUCCCGACUUGCAAUUCUGAGUUGGAUGACUGUUCAAAACGUAUUUUCCGAGUCGGAGCUCGUUUUUUUCAGAGUUCCCCGUUGUCUUGAACUCACUGAAAUCGGAUUUCCCAGUUCUGAGUUUCCAGUUGUUUUGAGCACGGCAGAAAUCAUACUGGAUUGACACCAUGGCCAAUGUUGAAUGUUUAUCCUUUUAAGCUUGGAAAAGAGACCCUUAAACCCAGACUUGGGACCACACACACACUCCACUGAAUAGCAGGCUAGUGAUUGCUUUGCAAAGCUUCCAAACCACUCAUAGUUGAAUUUGCGAUUUCCAACUUGUUGUGUAAUGUUUAUAUCCAUUGGCCGAUGAGCACCGAUACAUUUUAUCUAUAAUCAUUUCUCUUCAUUAUUUAUCUUCGCAUAACAACGAUUAAAAAGGAUUUGCCAGUAGAUUGUCGAUUUGAUUCAUGAUGAUGACUGCGAGCUUGCUAGCUAAGAUUUUGAAAGUAUGAUGUUGACAUGAUCAGUCCAAUCAAAGCUGCUGUAGAUAUAAUGUGAUUUGACGUCAUUUUAUCUGUGGCCAUUGACCUUGAGCCGCCUUGGAUGGGCACUUAUAAUGUAACUCUAUGGCAGCACCCAAGGGGCUUGAAUUUUCGAGCUCUACCCUUAGAUUUGGCGGUGGCGUAGUGUACCCAUGAGUGACAGAACACAGAGCCAAUCACGGCGCAAACUAGAGAACAUUACCAACCCUUACGCUCCGUAUUUUCAGCUGGCAGCCCCACCACCACCACAGAAAGCACUGAGCUAGGCUGAACUGCCUUACUCAAGAAAGCAAAAAAUUGACCAAGUUUGCAGCUUUAUUACCUCCAUUAUUUAAAAAAAUAAUAAUUUUUUACAUUGUUUGCAAACUGAUAUGUGACACGUGUUCAUGCCAAAAUAACACGCAAAACAGGCAUCCCAUUAGCUAGCAAAACAGGCGGGGCUCUGCCUGCCCUGAAUGACGGGUCACCACUGAUUGUUAUCCAUCAAAGUGGCAGAAGCAUUUGCCAAUACGCCCAUUUGUUUACAAACAGAAGUGUUAGAGCCCCACUGUGGGUGGAGUCAGAGCUGGGAACCUUGUGCAACUUUCAUGGAAUUAGUGUACUUUACUUUACCAGAUGUUCAGCAAAAUAUCCUCUGUCUGUUUGCUUGGUCUCCUAUCAAUUCCACAGCACCUUUCGCUUCCUUUCAUAAUUAGACUUUUACAAGUACUCCAUGUAAAUCAGCAUUUCUGUAUUGCAUAAUUAAGUACCCAUUUCUUGUAUUAUAGUCUUCAGUCUUAUUCUUUUUUAUGCCCAUUUAGUUUACUGAACUGAACUGAACUUUAGCACUUAAUUCAUCUCUCUUGGCAUUUUUUUGAGCGAGUUGUAAACAGAGAUGGAAUUUUAGCUAGCCUGUGGCUAGUACUUUUCAGACGGGACUAGUAGAAAAUGUGCCAAACUAGCCCGCCGGCUAGUGACAUUUUCCUCUUUUGAAAUAUCCCAUAGCACAUAUUUUGGACACGGUCUAGUAAAAAUUGCAGUCUACUAGCUUGGCUGGCCAGUGCCCAAAAUCCUUCAAUUCCAUCCCUGGUUGUAGAGGAUUAGCUGUGUAGGAUAGGGUCCUAUUAGGAUAAAAUAAAUCUAGUGUAUGUGGCUGAGUAAUGUAAGGUCUGUGGUUUCUGAGGCGUAAUGCUGUCCUCCUACUAGCGUCUUCUAUUCCUUUGCUAUUGAUUGCUGGGGUGUUGGUUAUAUGGGUGAUUGCUUGGGUGUUGGUUAUAUGGGUGAUUGCUUUGGUGUUGGUUAUAUGGUGAUUGCUGGGGUGUUGGUUAUAUGGGUGUCUAUGAGGUUGUGUAACUUUCAUGAGCACCACUGUAAAAUAAUUGGAGCAUAUUUUGCUAUGGAAAAGUGCUGUUUUGGCUGAUCCAGUGGGUUUAGUAGUUGAUAAAUACAGUAGGUUUAAUGUCAUGAGUAGGUAAUUGCUUUUUGCCCUUGCAUGUGUUGAUGGAAAGAUACAUUCCUCUGAGCACCCACUUUUGGCUUUUGUUACAUGCUACCCCACAUGAUGUUGGUGACUGCAUCUGUGGGCCUAUUCGUUUAGCCCGCUGACUUUCUUUCAGGGACACACAUAUAGCUGAGUCAUAUCCCAGCAGCUGUAGAGGCCAAUGUGUUAUUCCACAGCCACACUGAUUCACACAACGCCCCAGUGAGUCCCCUCAGUCCCCCCCCCCCACCUCCCGUCUCAGCGGCGAGCUAAUGAAACUGUCCAAUUUGUGACAGGAGGGUGUCGUGGGAAUAUACAUAUUGUCGCAUUGGCCAAGCCCCCGGGCUGUGGGGCUGUUACAGCUUGUAGGUGUAGGUGUGUGUGGGUGGGUGCACGCACGGGCUGACUGCUUUUUUCUUCUCUUCUCUCCUCUUUCUACGAUGCAAUGUUCCAUUUUCUGCCUCUGUGACUCAAAGACUGGCACAUAUAAUGAUUGUAGGACUAUGGUUACUAGGAAAAUAAAGACAUUGACUUGAGGGAUGAUUAAGAAGCUCCCCUUGAGGCUCAAGAUGUUAUUGUCUGGUGAUGUUGGAAAUUGACAUUGACGUCAAAUAAAAGCCUGGUCUCAGAUCUGUUUGGCCAAUCAAUGUCUGGCGUAACAAAGGCCAUAGGGGUUGGCAAGACAGCACAAUCAGAUCUGGGACCAGGCUAAUGAAACUGGCUCUGCCUCUUGAACAUGCACUGGUCAUGUUACCCAUUCUGUCCUAAUCCAAGCAACUCCAAAGCAAUGAGUUCUAAUCUAAACAAUGUGUCACAAGAUGAGGAAUGAAGAUGCCUGUAUUCCAACAGAAACAGCCUUUACUCACUAAUUUGAUUAUUAUAGCUCAUCUGAUUAAAUCAGUCACACCUCAUUAAUCUGUACCAAGAACAAUUGUGCCUCUGAUCUCGUCAAAUAACCCAAUGAAAGACACUAAUAUUAACUAAUAUCCUAAUAUUAAAGCUAAUAUCUACCUCUGGAUUUCUCGUCCUCGGAAUCAUACAUUACAGAAUCGUCCGGUGGUCGGCUGAGUUUAGACACAUAAUUAUGCUGCGGGUCACGUCAGAGCAGGUGGCCUGGCUGUACAGAUUGUGUCAUAUCUCUAACUUAAAGGUGAUUUUCUCUAAAUCACAUUAUAGCUAUUUGCUAAUAAUCCCAAGGACAAGUGACCUACAAGCUUACUGUAACUCCCCAGUUAUUGUAAUGGUAUAAUCCUUGGCGCAGUUCGGAUUGGUUAUUGUUUAAAAAGGAAUUGGAGACGAGGGAAAGUAGGUAUGCUACGUGGUCACUAGGGCAAUCUCAUUAAGAUGGAACGCAUUGGAAGCAAAGGUCAAUAGGUAAUCGACAGGAGGUUUACAGGUCAUUCUAGUGUCACAAACAUUCCGUUUCCUGUUUUUCAUAUAAUGCAUUAGGCUGUCAUUCAUUGAUUUGUGUGCUGAAUUUACUAAAUCAUUUUCAUUGAUUUUCAAAAAAGUUGUAGCGCUGAACUAGCACACCUGAUUCAAUUAGUUAAGUGCUUGAUGAUUAGUUGAUCAGUUGAAUCAGGUGUGCUAGCCCUGGAAUAGAUCAAAUACAUUGAACAGCUGGGGGUCCCUGAGGAAAAGUUUGAGUAAUUCUGAUAUAUAGGACGGUUAGGCCUACUGUUUUAGUUCUAUUAUUUGAGUGUGUUGACAUGACUUGUAUUAUUUUUGGUACAGCCAAGGUUAAACUUUUUCUCAUUUUCAGGCAUCACCACAGUCCUGACCAUGACCACGUUGAGCAUCAGUGCACGCCACUCCCUCCCCAAGGUCUCCUACGCCACGGCCAUGGACUGGUUCAUCGCUGUGUGUUUCGCCUUUGUCUUCUCUGCCCUCAUCGAGUUCGCUGCCGUCAACUACUUCACCAACGCAGAGAUGGAGAGACUGAAAAGGAUGCCGCCAAAAUGCCCACCGGCGCCCCAAACAACCCCGGUGAAGGUGAAGGAGGAAGUUCUGCAGGUGAGACUUAAGACCUAUCCUUAUUCCAUUUUUUACAUUGACAUUUUAGUCAUUUAGCAGACGUUCUUAUCCAGAGCGACUUACAGUGAGUGCAUACAAUUUUCACACUGGCCCCCCGUGGGAGACGAACCCACAACCCUGGCAUUGCAAGCGCCAUGCUCUACCAACUGAGCUACACGGGGCCCUUUACCCUUCAGAGACUAAAGUGUGCACUUGUGCACUCCCCGUCAUUCAUUUGUUUGCUAAUCUCAUCAAAUGGAGAUUCAAUUCAAGUCUAAAAUAUGAGUGUUAUUGAAACGUCAUGUUUUUUCAAACUUUCCGAUUUGCUUUGAAUACUAUUUUUUUGUGACAGGGAUGAGAAUUAAAGAGGCUUUUACAAUGACUGGCAUUUUAUUUGGGUCCCUACACCCAAAUGAGGGCAUUGCGUUUUUCCAUCUAUGGCCUGCUGGUCCCCCUACCUCUGCGGAAGCACAGUUCCCGCUCAGCCCAGUCAAAACUGUUCGCUGCUCUGGCACCCCAAUGGUGGAACAAGCUCCCUCACGACGCCAGGACAGCGGAGUCACUGACCACCUUCCGGAGACACUUGAAACCCUACCUCUUUAAGGAUAGUAUAAAAGUAAUCCUUCUACCCCCCCACCCCACCCCCACAUUUAAAAAAUAAAUAAUAAUAAUAAUAAUUAUUAUUAUUAUUAUUAUUAUUAUUAUUAUUAUAAAUAAAAUAUAUAUAUAAAAAACAAAUGAAAAUAAAAAAUAUACUCAAAAUGUUUUUGGUGAAAAAUAUACAAACAAACAUUGUAAAGUGCUUGUCCCACUGGCUAUCAUAAGGUGAAUGCACCAAUUUGUAAGUCGCUCUGGAUAAGAGCGUCUGCUAAAUGACGUAAAUGUAAUGUACAUUUCAUUAAUCACAUGGUGAUCACCCAUUCAAAUAAAGUUAUUUGCAUGCAUUGAAAAUAUCAGACAAUACCGUAACUGAAGGAUACUUUUAUCAUUGAUCAUUGAUAAAGUUUGAAGUCUCUCUCCCCCCUCUUUUUCUCUGUACCUCUCUCUUUCUCUGUGUACCCCUCUUUCUCUCUCUCACUCUCUCUCCUCCCCCUCUCCAUGAUAUCAUGAGCUAGAAGCAUGAUGACGAUUCGCUUCCUGAAGGCCAAAUAAGAAUAGUAAAUGGUGAAGACACAUUGUUUGGCCCGUUUCGAGGACAGCUGCACAGCUGUCUGCUUAGAUCAAUGCACGCCAUUUGUAAUCCACCGCAGAGGCUUAGCAAUAUUAUCCCUAAAAAUUCUAAAUAUGCUCUGAAUGUCCUACAUGUGCUUGCUUUCUUAUAAUAGUAUUUUUUUUAAACUCUUCAGCAUGAAAAUAAACGUGUUUCGAAAACAUUCGUUAUAGAAUGGGUAACAUCUUAAACAGUUAAAAUAAUGUACCUGUAGUUGCAAUGUGAUGUAAACAUGUUAUUGUUGUUCAGCAUUUUACAAUCUGUUCUCUCGAAUGCGUGCUGAAGCGCGUAAUGGGGGUUGACCAAACAUAUUUUUCUUGAAUUCAUUACUCCAUACAUGUGUGAUCUACCAGAAACACAGGCCUACUGUAGUAAGAUCACAAUCCUUCAUUUGAGGGCAUUACAUCGUGCGGUGCUACAUUUCUCACGUCACAGUCCAACUGUUGAUUGAUGGCUGAUACUCACCAGAAAACAGCCAUACAUCCCCCUGUAUGGCCCGAAGACUACUUAAAGUUUCCCUGUGGAUCUCAAAUCCUCGUGUGGAAUAAUCGAGCCUGAAUGCAGUUUAGUGACAAGGGCACAUCAACGGAUUAGCAGGUUGCCACGGCAACGCAGCCGGGGCACAUGUAUAUAGGUUUCAGAAGCCUCUUUUCCUAGAGAGCCGCGGCCCCAGCCCCAGUGUUGAAAUCAGUGGGGAAAUCCGCUCGGCAUUAGGACCUGUGGUGUGUGUUGAUGUGGCAUAGAUUUGUCUAAGCCUUUUACCUUCCAGCCAUAGUGUUGUCAAACUUAGCCUAGCGCCUCACAUCUCUCAGACAGGAGGCUAUAAGGUUAGUCGGUUAGCAGAUUCCAGUGGGGGAAUUAUUACUGGUGAGGCUGUGGUGCUGUGGUUAGAGUGCAGCAUCUCCCUCUACUGGGGCUGGAAUGCUAUGCUAGCUCUCAGGAGAUACGCUCUUAUGAUGUUUUACUGUACUGCCACGCCGCCCCAUGGAACAGUACUUGUGACAUAAGCAUGUGUGAAAUGAGUGAAAGCCUACCCAAAUAACGUCUGUGAGCUGGGUUAUUCUACCAUACAGACUAAAGUAAGCCAGUCAUAUUCAGGCCCAUAGGCCAGGUUUAGAAUGAGAGGUUCCUGACUGUUUCCUGACAACCUGAUAGUCCUCCAGAACUGAGAGAUCUAUAUAGUUCAUAUUUACCAGCACAAUACAAUUGUCAUAUUGGACCUUACCACAAAUAAUUAAGUGAAAUCUAUUUUCAGUCUAAUGUCUCCUCUUCGAGGUAUGUGCUUGUUGUUGCACAGUUCAUUCACAUCACUGCAAUAUGGGUUUCUUGUUCAUUUUUCCUCCUCCAUAGCAUAACCCUGACCCCAACGGUAACCCUGACACCAACGGUAACCUUCGAAAACGGAUGAACUACAUGUCCCAGCAAGACGGCCAGAAAGCUGAGUCCAACAGCGCAGCAGCUACAGGGGUAACCAGGAAACAACCCCAGUCUGGCCAAUCGUCUUCAUCCACGGGGGCGACUGGGGGCGCCAUCAUCCUACCACACUCCAGCCCCGGCCCCGCCAGCCAACCCAACGCCUCCUCCACCCUGUCCGUCAAGAACACGCCCCCGGCUCCACCCACCACCUCGACAAUACCAGCCAAUCAGAGCCAGCCCACCGCUGACUCCUCCCUCCAGGACCUCCUGGGACCCAGACUGCAGCACAUUCAGCUGAUGGGCAAAAAUGAGCCCAAGCAGUCACCAUGCUCCCAGCCGACCACCGCCGGGAUGGGCGGGACCAGUAAAAUCGACAAGUACGCUCGCAUCCUGUUCCCAGUGUCCUUUGGAGCAUUCAACAUGGUCUACUGGGUGGUUUACUUGUCCAAAGACACCAUGGAGGCCAAAUUUCGAGGCCAAAUCUAG